GUUUUGGAAUGGCCUAGUUGUUUCCCGAAAAUCUGAAAAUUGGGAAGGAACAAAAUUGCGCGUACCAGCUAUCAUGCCAUUGGCCUUUUCCUUUUCUUUAUCACCACGACAGAAGAAAUCUCCCCUUUGAUAGAAACUUCUUCGCAAUCCCUUCCUCCAUAUUCACACCAACUGAUGCUUUAAAUUCAGCACCCAGCCAAUUUCUUCCAAAAACCUGAACAAACAAUGGACUUGGGAGGAGAGAAAAGAAGGGUGGUGAUUGUUGGAGGUGGGAUUGCUGGCUCCCUCCUUGCCAAGUCUAUCCAGUUCAAUGCUGAUGUCACCCUUAUCGAUCCGAAGGAGUAUCUUGAGAUCACAUGGGCAAACUUAAGGAACAUGGUGGAGCCAUCGUUUGCCGAGAGAUCAGUGAUAAACCAUAGAGAUUACCUUACUAAUGGGCGUAUCGUUACAUCUGCUGCGAUAAAUGUCACUGAAACUGAAGUGUUGACUGCAGAGGGCCGUCUUAUUACUUAUGAUUAUCUCGUUAUUGCAACUGGACACAAGGAUCCUGUUCCCAAAACUAAGAAGGAAAGACUUGAUCGAUACCAAGCAGAAAAUCAAAAGAUACAAUCUGCCCAUUCUAUUUUAAUUAUUGGAGGAGGUCCAACUGGUGUUGAACUUGCUGGAGAAAUUGCCACUGACUUUCCAGAGAAGAAGGUUACUCUGGUGCAUAAGGGACAAAGGUUGCUGGAAUUUAUUGGGUUAAAGGCUGCUGAUAAGUGUUUACGUUGGCUGAGAUCAAGGAAAGUUGAAGUAAAGUUGGAGCAAGCAGUUGACCUGAAUUCCACUUCAGAUGGAAGCCAAGAAUACCAAACAUCAACAGGAGAAAGUAUCAAAGCGGAUUGCCAUUUCCUUUGUGCAGGGAAACCAUUGGCUUCAGCAUGGCUUAAUGAGACUAUAUUGAAGACUAAAUUGGAUAAAAGUGGAAGGCUGAUGGUUGAUGAGUAUUUGAGAGUCAAGGGUCACAGCAAUAUAUUUGCAAUUGGAGAUAUCACUGAUAUUCCAGAACUCAAACAAGGUUAUUUAGCUCACAAACAUGCCUUGGUCGUUGCUAAAAACUUGAAGCUGUUGAUGGCUGGAGGAAAAGAGAGCAAAAUGUCCACGUAUGAGCCUGGUUCAGCAAUUGCCAUGGUUUCGCUUGGGAGAAAAGAUGCUGUGGCACAAUUUCCCUUUACUACCAUCAGUGGAUGUGUUCCUGGCUUGCUCAAAUCCAGAGACUUGUUUAUAGGCAGAACAAGAAAGCAGAUGGGCUUACAACCAUAAGCUGUAGAUGCUGAAGGAUGACUAAAAGAAGUCUCUAUUUUGACAUUGCGUUCACUACGUCUACCCCUAUUGGUUUUCAAUACGAGCUGCAUAUAUUCGUUAUCUCAUAUAUAUUUUUUUAUUUUUUGAACCCCUCCUUUUGGCUGUUGAUUCCAUGUUGUCGAGGAUUUGUAUCUUUAAUUGUUUUGUGAAAUAUGAUAAAUAAAGGCACAGUUCAGAGUGAUA